AGCGUCGGCCCAGAUUAAUCCAUAAUACCAAUUUUGCCCCUUUCGUUCAAAGCAGCCGCAUUUCAUGCCGCCACCCGCUGCAGAGCUUCCUCUAUGAUUUUCCCGGCCGGCUUCAGGGUAGUUUAUCUCGACCCACUAGCAUAUCUGCGGCGCUGAUCAUUCAAGCUAUUUUGCGACUUGGAAGUCCGUAUGAGACGAAUGAUAUUUUCCAUUUCGAGCUAUCGGGAGUUUCCACAAUGAGUGCAGGUGGUUCAUUUGGAGGGAAUAGAGGACUGCGACCGGUACCCCCAGAGAAAGGAGUCUUCCCUUUGGAUCAUAUGCACCUCUGCGACCUGGAGAAGAAAGAAUACCUCCAUUGUCUUAAAACCUCUGGUCACCAAUCUGAAAAAUGCAGGCAUUUAUCAAAAAAAUACCUUGAAUGCCGUAUGGAAAAGAACUUAAUGGCAAAGCAAGACAUGACGGAACUAGGAUUUGGAUAUUUGAGCCAGGCCAGUUUGUCUGGUGAUAAAUUGGAACAGGUCUAAAUUGUUCAGCCAUAGAUAACCGUGGUCAAAAUUUUUAUUUAGUCACUGGGUCAAGUUAUCAACUUAGUUCCUACGGUUUGAAGGAAGGGAAAGUGAUUUUUCUUAAUGUAUUGUCCUUAAUCAAAGUACUAAUCUUGCCGGUUUUAAUUUCAUCUUUAAUUUCAUUCAAUAGGCGGUUACACUACACUUUGAUUAUUCUCUCAUGUAGUUUCAAAGGUUUUCUUUUUCUCCCAUUCUUGUAUGUAUACAUGCAAAUUUCUGAACAGUGCCCUUUUUGACUUGUUUACAUCUCCUAUGUAAUAUCAAUUUUUCAAUCUUAGGAG